AUGGCCAGAGGACCGAAAAAACAUUUGAAGCGUUUAAACGCACCCAAAGCAUGGAUGUUGGACAAAUUGGGAGGUGUCUUCGCCCCUCGUCCAAGCACCGGUCCACACAAACUCCGUGAAUCACUGCCGUUAUUGAUUUUCUUGCGUAAUCGUUUGAAGUAUGCACUUACUGGUGCCGAAGUUACCAAGAUUGUCAUGCAAAGAUUAAUCAAGGUUGAUGGCAAAGUCCGUACCGACCCUAAUUAUCCAGCUGGUUUCAUGGAUGUUAUAUCUAUCCAAAAGACCAGUGAGCACUUUAGAUUGAUCUAUGAUGUGAAAGGUCGUUUCACCAUUCACAGAAUUACUCCUGAAGAAGCAAAAUACAAGCUGUGCAAAGUAAAGAGGGUACAGACUGGACCCAAAGGUGUUCCAUUCUUAACUACUCACGAUGGCCGUACUAUCCGCUACCCUGACCCCAACAUCAAGGUUAAUGAUACUAUUAGAUACGAUAUUGCAUCAUCUAAAAUUUUGGAUCAUAUCCGUUUUGAAACUGGAAACUUGUGCAUGAUUACUGGAGGUCGCAAUUUGGGGCGUGUUGGUAUUGUUACCAACAGGGAAAGACAUCCAGGAUCUUUUGAUAUUGUACACAUUAAGGAUGCAAAUGAACAUAUUUUUGCUACCCGGAUGAACAAUGUUUUUAUUAUUGGUAAAGGUCAAAAGAACUACAUUUCUCUACCAAGGAGUAAGGGAGUUAAAUUGACUAUUGCCGAAGAACGUGACAAGCGUUUGGCUGCAAAGACCAAGACUAGCAGACGUUAA